AUGGUUGAGAAGUUCAGAGGUGUCAGUCACGCUAUAGCGCAUCGCUAUCUUCGCAGUUUGAUGCUCGUAAUCAAUCCGACGAGGGAUGACGAAAACGAUGCAGUUGAAAUGUAUAUCUGGCACAUGCGAUAUGGCGUCGGUGAUGAUCAUGGAGCAGAACUUACAGGGACUGAUGGAACUAUCAUGGCGUCUCUGAGAUAUGAGGGGAUACAAAGUGUGAAGAAGCAAGUCCUUGAUUUGUUCAAAGCAAUUAGAGGAUUGUGCAAAAUAGUCCUUGCUCCCCUUCCAACUGCUGCGGCUGCCACACUACGUGCCACAUACACUGAUUGGACUCCCGAAGAUUAUCAAGCUCCUGGGUUUUAUCCUUCUCCUGAAAAGCCCAUAUUAAGGCCCGAAGCAGAGGAAAUUCGCAUGGGAACGCUACAGACUGGACACCACACGUUCGUAUUCCUCUAUGAAUUUUUUUAA